AUGCGUCUUAUCCCGACCAAACUCGCCAGGACUUUCGCAUCAGCCGCAUACAGGAAACCAUUCACGCCCAGGCCCAACUUCAUCCAGCGACAGCCUAGAAUGGCGUCGGCCGUCACAGAACCUGGUGCUGAGCCAGCAGCCAAGACAGAGGCUCGCACCCAAGCAAACGGCAAGCGACCGUUCAAAGGCGGUCAGGAUGGACCAAGAGGAUGGGGAAGCAGCUCGAAAAAGAGAAUGCCCAAGAAGCAGAAGCCUGCCAAGGAGGGCUCACAUGAGGAAGUCCUGAUGCUGGACAUCCAAGCCUUGAUCGAGGAGACGAAGUUAGCGGACGACGGCGCUGCUCCCGAGACUGAGGCCCCGCCUGAGAAGCUCCCAGAACAAGGCAGUGAGAUCGAGGUUGAGGUCCUCAAGCUCUCCUCCACCGGCGACGGCCUCGCAAGGCAGCCAGGCUCAAAACAGAUCUACGUCGUGCCCUUCGCAAUACCAGGCGACACGCUCAAGGUUAAAGCGUACCGCCACCUUCCCAAGGAGAACUACUCCGUCGCAGACUUCAAAUCCGUCAUCAAGCCGUCACCGCUCCGCGACGACAGCAGGAUACAGUGCAAGUACUUCACGAGGUGCGGCGGGUGCCAGUUCCAGAUGAUGGACUACGCGGAGCAGCUCAAGCACAAGAGGACAAUCGUGGAGCGCGCCUUCAGGAACUUCUCGGACCUGCCGCCGGAGCUGGUCCCGGAGGUUCUGGACACCUUCGGCAGCCCGCUGCAGUACGGCUACAGGACGAAGCUGACGCCGCAUUUCGACGGCCCGCCGGGCUUCCAGGGCAAGCGGCGCGGCGUCCCCAAGGAGAAGAAGGUCCUGCAGGAGAUGCCUGACAUCGGGUUUAUGCUCAAGGGCGGGCCGCGCCGCGUGCUGGACAUCGAGGACUGCCCGAUCGGCACGGACGCGGUGCGCCGCGGGAUGGCGCGCGAGCGGGAGCGCAUGAAGAACGAUUACGGGCAGUACGAGCGCGGGGCGACGAUCCUGCUGCGCGAGAACACGGCGCGCGUGGCAAAGGGUGACCCCCUCCCCGACCCGCUGCCGAAGGACGCCGUCGUCGUCGAGGGAGACCGCCACACGGACAUCAAGACGUGCAUCACGGACAACAACGCCAUGUCGACCGAGUUCAUCGGCGACUUCACCUUCACCAACCGCGCGGGCGACUUCUUCCAGAACAACAACUCCAUCCUCCAGCCCUUCACAGACCACAUCCGCCAGCACAUCCUUCCACCCAACCCACCCGACGGCAGCACCGACAACAAGAAGCCAAUCAAGUACCUAAUCGACGCCUACUCCGGCUCAGGGCUCUUCACGAUCACCCUCUCGACCCUCUUCCCGGGCGGCAGCAUCGGCAUCGACAUAGCCGAGAAGUCGAUCGCCUUCGCGCGGCGCAACGCGGCGCUCAACGGGCUCGCCGAGGGCCAGCAGGCCACCUUCAUCGCGGCCGACGCGCCCCGGCUGUUCGAGUCGGUCGCGCAGUUCGACCCGGACGAGACGGCCGUGGUGCUGGACCCGCCGCGCAAGGGGUGCGACGAGAGUUUUCUCAGGCAGCUGCUGGGCUUCGCGCCGCGGCGGGUCGUCUAUGUUAGCUGCAACGUGCACACGCAGGCGCGGGACGUCGGGGUGCUUGUCAGGGGGGAGGUGGGUGGGUUCAUGAAGGGGGCUGGUGGGGAGAAGGGCGAGGUUGAGGGCGGUGAUGCGGAGAAGAAGACGAGGUAUGAGAUUGAGAGCCUGAGGGGGUUUGAUUUCUUCCCCCAGACGGGGCAUGUUGAGGGCGUGGCGAUUCUGAAUAGGGUUGACAGCUGA